AAGGUAUCAAACAUCAUUCCUUCCAUCAACCUGCCAAAAAUCCUUCAUUUCCAAAGGUUUUUCGACACACCCUUAUCAAUCUCUCUCUCUCUCUCUCUCUCUCUCUCUCCCGAUUUUCUCCAAAAUGGAAAAAGGGCCGGUGCAUUCUCCGCCAUUGAAGAACCCUUCUCCUGACAUCUUCCUUCCCUCGCCUUCUUCUCCUUCAAGAAGCAUCGAUGAUAAUGCCAACUUUCCGGUUUCAGCCAGUCAUUGCAAGCCUCCUUCUUGCUCUGCUUCUGGCCCUGCCAGCCAAGGGAAGAUGGCGGCGACUUUGCGCUCUUCCCUUCUGGGUCUUGUUCCUUCCGAGCUCGAGAUCGAUAAGGCCAUUCGUGCUCUCCUCGACCUCUGGCAGAGUGCUUCUUCAACUGGCUCUGAGCAAAACUGGAUGCGGCUUUUCGGAUGUAGGGAUUCGAGCAUAUUGAUGUCUAGUGGAUGGGGGAGAGUUCGGCAUGCCCUUCAUCUGCUGCUGACGGAACCAGCUAUUAAGAGAUUGGUUAUCUCGUUAGUCUCGGAUAAAGCUUUCUGGAGCGCUAUUAUGAACAAUCAGUCGGUCCAGAAGUUCCAGGAGUUGCUCCUCUCAGAUGAUACUAAAAGCCCUCUGAUUUAUGAGGAAAUAGACUGGGGUACGAACAAUCCGCGGUGGCUCUUGGACAUCUUGAAGGACAAAAUCAUGGAACUCAUUGAAAAAUUCAAGCUGCUUUUGAUCGAGACGUUUCAACAUUCCCGGCCUCCCACGCCAGAGGCUACGGCUGAGUUGGAGGACAGAGUUGGAUCGUCCUUGCUGCUUUCGGUCCUAAUCAUCUUGGUUGUAGUGUUGGCACGAGUUCAACCUUCGUUUCAAUUCUAGGCAGAUUCAUGACAUGGUGCACUCAAGAUGUGAUAAAGGUGUACCGAGUUUGCUGUUGAACCUGAGUUCCCCAUAGUACUUGUAUAUGAAUUCGUGUGAACAGCUUGCGAGAGGUAAAAGUGUUGCUGCUGCACUUAAUUUU